AUGCUUCCCACGAGCUUCACCCAUUUUGAGGCUCUCGAUAGCUUGCCAUACAUUGACCAUAGCAUAACGCCGCAAGAGCUAAGAAGAGUUGAACAGCUUGUCCAAAAUGAAGUGGCUCAUAUCAACACGGACGAAAUGCAUCCCGCCGUGGGCCCGCUUCUACCCCUUUCCUCGAAUAUGGAUCGAUUCCGUCAACCUUUGGGAGAGAGGAGUGAUGGCGGUAGCAUUUCCUCCGAGCAACACACACAAGGCAUAGACAUGUCAAGAUACACAGACUUCCAUGAUGACCACGACAAUGACGAUGAUAACGAUAGCGAUAACGGGGAGCAUGUUAAUCACGACCGCAUGUACACAUCCUUGGCAUACUCCGUUCUACGGGAGCGGAACGCUUCGCUCGCUCUACAGAACGAGGAAAGCAUCAGUAGCAUACGAAACGCUCAUCUUGAGUCGCUACUGAAAAUGGAGCUACUGUAUCGGGACCAGUUGACCAAGAAAAGGCAGCGAGUGGAGGAAAUAAACAUGGAGCGUAAGCGAAGACAGCUCGACUUCAUGCCCACCAACGAGCUCCAGGAGCAGACGUGGCAGGAGGGCGUCAACUCCAUGGUAGACAUGGGGCUCCACAAACUGAGUGAAAAGUAG